UUAAAUGAAAAAGUGCCAAAUGACAGAAUGGAUUCCAGAAACUUGGUAAUUGGAAUAGUGCUCUUACUUGAGACUGCACUUGGAAUUAUAGGAAACGUAUCUUUUCUUUUCUUCUACCUACUCAUUCACUACAAUGAACACACAUUAAAAACUGUAGACUUAAUUCUUACACAUGUGUUCACAGCCAACUUUUUGAUCAUUCUCUCUAAAGGAGUGCCUCAGAUAAUGAAAACUUUUGGGUGGAAAUGGUUUAUCAAUGAUGUGACAUGCAAGCUUAUUUUAUAUAAUCACAGACUUGGCAGGAUCAUGUCCAUCAGUACUACCUGCCUUUUGAGUGUUUUCCAGGCCAUUACUAUCAGUUCUAUUGACUCCCAUUGGAAAGAUCUUAAAGUCAAAGUACCAAAAUAUGUUCGCUCCUCCAUUUCCCUCUUCUGGAUCCUGUACAUGCUAGCAAACAUAUUUUUCCCCAUGUACAUGUCUAUUAAAGGGAAUAUCAAAAAUAAGACACAACAGAGAGAUUUUGAAUUCUGUCCUGCUCUAGGUCGUGACAAAAUUGUAGACUCCCUGUAUGCAGCAUUUUGGGUAUUCCCUGAAGUCUUAUUUUCUAUGCUUAUGGUAUGUUCUAGCAUUUCCAUGAUGGUCAUGAUUUAUCGACACAAAAGGAGGGUUCAACACAUCCUCAGCCCUCAUGCCUCCCCCAGAAUCUCCCUUGAAUCCAGAGCCACACAGACCAUUUUCAUCUUGGUUUGCACCUUUCUAGCUUUUUAUACCCUCUCUUCCAUUUUACAAGGCUACAUUGCUCUUUCUCAGAAUCCCAAUUGGUGGCUAAUGAAUAUCACAGCUAUCAUUUCUAUGUGCUUUCCUACUUUAAGCCCCUUUUUAAUGAGUCAUGAUUCUAUUAUUCCCAGACUUUGCUUUUUCUGUGUAAGGAAUACAAAAAGGAAAUAA